UCCACAACGCAGGCAAACUCCCAUCGUCCCAGAUUUCUCUCAUUCAUAUUUUAAUUAUAUUCAGCACUUUGAGAAUGCCGAAUUCAUUGGUUGAUCGGGCAACGAGCGAUAUGCUCAUUGGACCCGAUUGGGCAAUGAACCUGGAGAUCUGCGACGUUCUUAAUCAUGAUCCAGGGCAAAUCAGAGAUUUUGUGAAAGGUCUUAAAAAGCGUAUUAAAAGUAAGAACUCAAAAGUACAGCUACUGGCUCUUACGUUGCUGGAGACGGUGGUGAAAAGUUGUAGCGAUAUGGUCCACAUGCAAAUAGUAGACAAAGAUAUACCACAUGAAAUGGUGAAGAUUGCUAAAAAAAAGCCUGAUUUUCAUGUCAAGGAGAAAAUAUUGGUACUAAUAGACACUUGGCAAGAAGCAUUUGGUGGUCCACAGGGAAGAUAUCCACAAUUCUUCAUGGCAUAUCAUGAAUUAUUGCGUGCUGGAGUAGUAUUUCCUAAGCGACCUGUGAAGUCCACACCCAUAUUUAGGUCUGCAACAUCAUAUCCUUAUUCUAUGAGAAAACAUGACAAGAAAACAGAAAAACUAGAAGCUUCAAGCGAUUCUGAGAUUCAUUUUCUAAGUCUUGCAGAUAUUCAAAAUGCUCGUGUUAUCAUGGAUGUUCUUGUUGAAAUGCUAAAUGCUUUAGAUCCGAGAAAUAAAGAGGAUGUCAAGCAGGAGGUGAUCGUUGAACUUGUUGAAAAGUGUCGUCUAUAUAGGCAAAGGGUGGUUCAUCUUGUUAACUCUACUUCGAACGAGAAAUUACUUCGUGAAGGGCUUGCUUUAAAUGAUGAUCUACAAAAUGUUCUAUCAAAAUAUGAUGCUAUUGUUAUUGAAGUUUCUAAAAAACCAAAGAAGCAGAACUCUCUCCAUGAUUUGGUAGAUCUUCAUGAUAAAAAUCAGGAUGCUGACAAUGAAUCACAUCGAAGGUCAAAUGCUCCUCUUCAACAGCUCUUGCUACCUGCUCCUCCUGGACCAAAUGAUAUACCAAUUACUUCUCCAAAAUCAUGUCCUCAAUUAGAUCUUCUUAGCGGCGAGGAGUUCAAUACAACUUCAACAGAUAACUCAUUAGCUCUUGUGCCAGCAAAUGAAACAACUGCUCCUUCGGCAAAUGACCAAAAUAUGCUAGUUCUAACAGGCAUUUAUUCUCCAAGGAACUGUGGAAAUAACUGUACUGCCAAUAUAGCUUUUCAAGCUGAACAAGAUUAUACUGUUGCAUCUCUGUUUCAGCAGCAACAGCAGUCUAUAUCUUACUUAGAUGGGAGUGCCAUGAACCAUGGACAAUCUAUACAUGAGCACGCUUCAUUUGUUCAAAAAGCUCAGCCAAGUCAUGGGGAUCUUUCAUGGAAUAAUCAUAAUGUGGAUACACAGCAACAAGCACGUAUCGGAGAAGUCGAUCAAGGUGGAGCUCUCCCCCCACCUCCUUGGGAGAUUGGACUGGCUGAAAGUAGCCAGCCGUUGACCAUACAACAGCAGCAUUUCCAAAAUGAGCAGACACAAGAAAUUAUUACAUAUUCUACAGGAAUUCAGCGAAACCAACCCAUGGGAAUGUUUCCUCCUCAUGAUCAAGCUUACCAUCUCUCAAAUGCAUAUUCUCAGUCCAUGCAGGAUUAUAAUUACGGCCAACAGUCAGAAUCUCACUCUUACUCAAACACCAGAGAGCUCUCUCAUAAAUUGAAAGGGCUUGGCUUGCAAGAUAGUUACAUGAAUGCAGGUCAUUACUACCAAAUGCCUUCUACUUCAUCUUCUUCUUACUUGCAACAGCGAUUCAAGGAGGAUGACAAUUUGUUUGGUGAUCUUGUGAGCAUUGCAAAGUCAAAGACGAAUAGACCUGCUAAGUGAUUGAAGACAUUUAGCGACUGUGAAUUUGGAUUUCUUUUAAUUUUAACUAAUUCUUU